CGAGUAAAAUUUUUUUCCGAUUUUUUAUUUUCCGGAUUACUUGAUAUCUCCUUUUAUCCUAUAUCUACUUAAGAUAGGCUUAUAUUUAUAAUUAAAAUCCGUAUUUAGAACAUUGUAUAGAUGAUACUAUAAAUCUGAUAAAAUCUUAUUUUUCUAUUAGUACCGGUUCACUUGUACAAAAAUACUUCAAUAUUUCUUUUUAGUUAAUAAUAAAAAGUAUUGUUAUAUGAUAUGUGCAUUACGAUGAUGAGAUAGCAACAGCUGACAUACAAGUAAUAGAUUAAAUGCUUUAUAUUUAUAUUAAAAAAAAAUAUUUCUUAUAGAGACAAAAAUUAUGAUUCGAUUCGCAGUUUUUAGUAUUAUUUUUUUAAUUUCAUUUACGAUUUCUUUACCAACUUGUGAUAUAUCCUUCUGGGUAAAUCUAGAGAAUUUUACUUGUACUGGAUCACCUAAUGGAAAAUUUCCUAAAGUAACAUAUAAUGGACAAUGCAUGCUAUCACCCGAUGACCCAAUAAAAACUUCAUAUAGAGUUAUAAUCGAUGCUGAAAAAAAAACAGUACACAAUUUUACGUGUUAUAUCGGUGAAACGUGUGAUGGCAAUGGACUAAUAACUACAAAAGUUCCAUUAUCAUUAGAUACUUGUGGACCUUUAAUAGUCACGUCUACUCCAUCAACUGUUGUUCAAAUAGGUGGUUUAAUGUUUAGUUGUGAAGAUUAA